AUGGCACAGCGAAAGAAGUCGCUCCUGAUUGGAAUCAACUACGUUGGCUCGAAGCACGAGCUGAAAGGAUGUCACGCAGACAUAGACAAUAUUGCGGAGUUCCUUAGCUAUAGAGGCUACAGCAACAACCACCGUGAUAGAGUCAUCUUAUCAGAUAAUCCUAUGGUGGCGCCCGACAGCCCGUAUUAUCCAUCUGGGCACAACAUCCUCGCAGCAAUGGACUGGCUGGUCUCUGAACCCGGAUGUACUCUUUUCUUCCACUACUCUGGACAUGGUGGGCAGGUCGAAGAUGUCGAUAGCAAUCGCAGUACCGGCCUGGAUGACUCGCUCGUCCCCGUGGACUUCGAGUACAAAGGUCAGCUGAGUAGUACUCUGCUGCAUCAGCAUCUUGUUACUCGUAUGGCGCCCGGAUGCACCCUAUUUGUCCUCAUGGACUGCUGUCACUCUGGUUCCGCGAUCGAGCUUCCGUAUGUGUAUCGCAGUGACGCAGAUGGGCAGAUCUCGAUGAUGGACAAUUUGAGGAAGGGCGCACAGCUUGUUGGCGAGGCGCAGGGCCUUAUACAAGGUGGUUUCAACUUCAAUAAAAUGGGCGAAGCGAGAGAGCUUUUCGCCGGAGCGACGAGCUUUUUCCACGGAUUGAAGCACAUGGGUGAGCAGGAAGAGGAAGGACUGCAAAACGGUGAAUUUGUGGGCCAGUAUGGAUCAGAGAAUAAGAUGGUGACCAUGUUCAGCGGGUGCCGGGAUGACCAGACAAGUGCAGACGCGAACAUAGCCGGACGCAGUACUGGCGCGAUGACAUGGGCAUUCCUACAGAUCAUGAGAAGCGGCGAAACACCGACGUAUGCUCAGACACUCCAGAUGACGAGACAGCUGCUCGAUCAGAGCAACUACACUCAGAUCCCCCAGCUGAGCUCCGGACUCGAUAUUGAUCUGGAGAGUAUACCGUUGGUACUCUAG